AUUUCAUAUAAUGUUGCAUUAAACAUGUAAUAAAUUGUUGAUUUUAUAUAAUAUGAGAAAUUAAAAUUUUAUUAAAUUGAAUAAAAUACAGAUAUCUUUUUAUGUCUGGUUUGUGUUACACGUGUAAUUUUAUCAAUUUUCUUUAUUGCCUAUUAUAUAUUUUGUUAAUCUAAUAUUUCUAUCUGCUAGUGCCUGAAAAGUAACAAAUUAGAUGUUGAUGCCAAAAAAGAAUCGUGUGGCCAUAUACGAAUAUCUUUUUAAAGAAGGUGUAAUGGUAGCGAAAAAGGACUACCAUGCUUCAAAGCAUCCAGAGUUAGAAACAAUUCCAAAUUUAGAAGUUAUUAAAGCAAUGCAGUCCCUCAAAUCCAGAGGUUAUGUCAAAGAGCAAUUUGCUUGGCGACAUUUUUAUUGGUAUUUGACCAAUGAGGGAAUUGAAUAUUUACGUGGAUUCUUGCAUCUACCACCAGAAAUUGUUCCAUCUACGCUCAAGAGACAAGUUAGGUCAGAAACUUCAAGACCCAGGCCUGCCGCAGGUCCAAGGAGCGAGGCUUCAAGACCGACAGAAGACCGUGCUGGUUACAGACGAGGGCCAGGAGGUCUUACUGGACCUGGCGAUAAAAAAGCCGAUGUUGGUGCAGGUACAGGUGACUUAGAAUUCCGUGGUGGCUUUGGACGUGGAAAAGCCCCGUAAAUAAUUUUUGAAAAAUAAAAUAAUAAAAAUCAGACUAUUUCUAAUUCGUUAUAUUUCUGAUUUCUACUUCUUUAUUACUUGUUAUUUAUAUACCAUUGUUAAUAUAUAAUAUGAAAACUAUAUCAUCCAAAAUAUAUAUAUGAAAUAGUCGAGAAUAAUAUGAACGAUUCCUUUAAAUUGAUAACACUCUCCUCAUUUCAUAGAUUGAAAUCAUUGUCGGAAUUCAUUUUUGUAAGAUAAAGAAGAAUGAUAAAUUGUGCUUAUCUGUUUUUCACGUUUGGUAAUUAUAUUAAAGUUACUUUUUAAAAUGGCUAACGUGUAAAAAACUGUAUAAUUUUAUAACAGUGUAAUACAUUUGCUGUGAAGAGAAAAACUAGUCAACAGUAUUAAAAAAAAUAGUAAGAUUUAGUAAUAGAUAAUCCUGGAACGUUCAAAUAAAAAUCAUUCAAUGAUUUUGACAUUGAUAUAGGAGAGAGAGAGAGUUUGAAGGCAGGAAAGUAGAUGGUUUAUUUACAAAAAAUAUCUGUUUUCAUCUUAAAAAUAAUUUGGCACAUCUUAUAGUUUUAACUAUAACUCUAUCUUAUAGAUGAAGAGACUUAAAUAAUUAUGUCAUCAAAGAAUAUAUUAUUAGUUUUAUUUUUAAUUUAUAAUAUAUAUGUAUAUAUAUAUAUAUAUAUAUAUAUAUAUAUGUAUAUUAUUAUUAUUAUUAUUAUUAUUAUUAUUAUUAUUAUUAAUAUAUUAUUAAUCCUAUUAAAGAUAUUUUCUAAAGGUUUCUUAUGUGAUAUUCUUUGUUGACAUUUAGCAGACUCUAUUACAAAACUAGAAUUAUCCAAAAAUAUUUUGUCAGGUAGACAAUAGAAGUAAUAAAGCUUUUACCAAAUGAGCAUUCCAAUCUUCAUGUUCUUUAUCAUUUUGUCUUGAUGGCACUUUAUACAUAGUUAACCUUUUUUUCAUAUAGAAUAGCAGAAACGAUAUUUCGUGAUAUUUUGAUUUUUUGUGUAAGUCACACUUGUUUGUUCAUUUUUUAUUUCCUUUUGCUUUUUGAAAACACUUCUGAACACAUUUUGUAAUAAGGAUCAAGCUUUUUAACAGUCAUUUAAUAAAAUAAAUUAAGGAUUAUAAUUAAUAUAAUUGUGUUUGCAGAUUUUUGACUAUUGGUGAUUUCUUCUUUUCUAUAAUAUUCGGUUUUAGAUUUGGAGUUAGCAUUAUACGCAUCAUUGUGAAAGAAGUAUGACAAUAAAAAUUUCAUCCGUAUAAAAGAAUUCUAUUAAAUCUAUACAAAUUCUAACAAAGUCAUAAUAACAAUAUGUAUUCCAUAUAAUUUUCUUAAAUCCAGAAUGCGUUUACUAUUUAAAAGAAAAUGAGAAUAUCAUUUCACAUAAUAUAAGAAACAUUUCAAAAUAAGGAAGCAGAUUUCUGUUUUAAAUGUUAAAGAUAAUCAUAAGUUAUUAAUCUUUUUUGAUUCGUUUUCAAGAACAUAUAAAUAACAUUAACAAAAAUGUUAAUAAGUAAAUGAAUCUAUUUAAAUGAAAAUACAUGCCUUGCUUUUUGCGAUUUAUUUUGACGCUACGUUCUUUUCUUGAUUAUUAUUAUAUUUUCAAUCACUUAGAUCAUUAAAGAAUUUAUACUUCGUAUAUCAUACGAAGCAUCGGGCGAAAAUGAUCGCUCCAUUAGACAUAUGUAAAACAGAGAUGCAUAGAUGGGACUAAGUGGCGGCAAUUUUGAAAUUAAAAAUUACAAUUUCUAUUAAGAUAUAUUCUCUUACAAAUUCAAUCAAUUUUUCAUUAUCCAAUGUUUAUUAUUAUAAUAAGUAUAUAUAUUUGUACUAUUAUUGGAUUACUAUUAACAUUGCCUACACGAAUAAAAAUAGACAAGUACAAACAUCUUUGAGCAUAGACAAAAUAUUUUUUGCAAGAAUAUAGUUAGUUCUUUAUGUUUGCAUAAAACAAUAAGAUUUUAUAUUCAAGAAUGAG